UUAUGCGUAGUCGAUAUAAUCGCACAUUAGCUGGCUGCUGGAGCAGCGAGCAGAUAGAGGAGUCUCUCAGGAGUCGGCAGGCAGAGCUGGACAGCGACCUUCCCAAAACUGCAGCGCGUAUCAGAUAUCUUAAAAGAAAAAUUUCAAAGCUCCAAAAGGCUCUAAAUGAUGGUACACCUGUAGGUGGCAAUAUCCUUCCGCAGAAACCUAAGAAACCCCUCCCUCGACGAAUUAAAAAUCGUCAAAAUACAGAUUCUUCGAGUGAUAAAACUGUUGAAUCAUCAAAAAAACCCAAGAGAGUCAGGAAAACGUGUUUUAAGUGUCGUAAGCGCGGUCAUACUCUACGAGAGUGCAGCGCAGCGGAAGUAGGCAUAUGCUUUCGAUGCGGUUCUACUGAUCAUAUACUUCGUGAUUGUCAAGACCCAGACAACGGAACUCUACCAUUCACAUCGUGCUUUAUUUGCAAAAAGAACGGACACAUUGCUUCACAAUGCCCGGAUAAUGACAAAGGUAUAUAUCCCAAUGGUGGAUGCUGUUUUUUUUGUGGAUCAGUAACUCAUCUGAAGGCGAUGUGCCCUGAGCGUAGGAAAAGCACUUCUAGAUAGGAGCACGACAUAUGCUAUGUACA